AUGGGAGUAUCAAAUACAUUUGGUUCAAAUGUAUUUGAUUUACUUGUUGGACUUGCUGUACCAUGGUUUUUUAAAACAUUAAUUAGUGGUGAAGCAGUACAUAUUAAUUCCAAUGGACUUCUGUAUGAUUCGGUAUUACUGCUUGGCAUUGUUAUUAUAACAGUGAUGAGUUUUCAUGGUAGAAAAUGGUAUUUAGAUCCAUUUCUUGGUACUUUUUUUCUUGCUGUCUAUGGAAUAUUCAUUAUUUUCUCAUUAUUAAUUGAAUUAAAUGUAUUUGGUUUUGUCAAUCCACCUAUGUGUCUAAUUUAA